UGUAUUCUCGCGCAUGCGUACGUUUGUUUGACGACGAACGGCUCGCUGACUUGUAGAAUUUUGCCUUUAACGUCGAAUUUACCUCCCUGUCCUUUGUUAUUCAUUUUCAAUUCUCGUGUGAAACUUUUUGGAUUCCUUUCUUUCAUCAUGCUUCAGUUUCUGGCGGGCUUCACCUUGGGAAACGUAGUGGGAAUGUACAUCGCUCAAAACUAUGAGGUUCCCAACCUAGCAAAGAAAAUUGAAGCUUUCAAGAAGGAUGUGGAGGCCAACAAGAAACCACCGGAAUGAGCAAAGUGUGGACCUUGUUAGAAUCUUCUUAAAAAGUUACUUUAGAGGAAAUAUUUAUUUUUGCGGGUUUCUGGUGCAUUUCAAUGGAUAAAACAAGGCCUUUAACAGUAUUUGUUCAUACGCCAUUUACCAUUCCCAGUUUUUUUUUUUUAUAUAUAAAACUGUUUAAAAAAAGGCUCUUAACUGCAGUGCAUUCUGAAGUGCUUCAUAUUUAACCAAAAGUUGUGGGAAAAAAGUAACUUUUUAAAACUCUAAAUUUGUCAUAUGCCAAAGAUUUUUGUCAUUAACACUGGCAGAACUCACAGCUACAUACUUUGCAAUAAAAUGUUGACAAAUCUGAAGUGUUUUUGUCAAGUGUAUUUGUGAACUGCGUGCUCCCACACUUGUAAUAAAAGGACAGGACUGGA